AUGCAAGAAGCUAAGCAGCUGCAGGGCCACCUUAUCGUGAUGGGACUCCAACAACAUGACUUUUUCCUACGGAAACUCAUCACCACAUUCGCCAUCUCCAACCCUUUCUCAUUAAACUACGCCCGUCUGAUCUUUGAUCACAUCCAAACUCCAUCAACCUACAUCUACAACACCAUGAUCAGAGCCUACGCCACUAGCCCAAAUCCCAUCCAAGGCGUCCAUCUCUACAACCAUAUGAAGAAACAAGGUGCCCCACCUGAUAACUACACCUUCCCAUCCUUGCUCAAGGCAUGCUCCACUCUACGGGCCCCACGCAAGGGCGAGGAGACGCACUGCUGUGUGAUCAAACAUGGGUUCGAUACGGAUCUCUUCAUCCAAAACUCGUUAAUCCAUCUGUACGGAUCGAAUGCUGAGAUCGAUGCCGCUCGGCGGAUUUUUGAUGGGAUGUUAGUGAAGGAUGUCGCCACCUGGACUACUUUGAUCAUUUGCUAUUCUUAUUCCGCUUCAAUUGAGUUAGCACGGCAGGUAUUCGAUGAAAUGCCUGAGAGAAAUGUUGUUUCUUUUAGUGCCAUGAUCACGGGCUAUGUCCAAAGGGGGCGGUUUAAGGAAGCAUUGCAUUUGUUCCGGGAUUUGCAAAUUGCGAGAAUUGAGCCUAACGAUUCCGCUCUCAUGAGUGUUCUUAGGGCCUGUUCUAAUUUGGGUGCCUUGGAUUGUGGGAGAUGGAUUCAUUCAUAUAUACAUAAGACCAAAGGAAGAGAAUUGGAUGGUAGAAUUACCACUGCUCUCAUAGAUAUGUAUUGCAAGUGUGGGAGCUUGGAAAAUGCGCUGUUUGUCUUUGCAAGUGCGAAGGAGAAGUAUGUGGGUGCAUGGACGGCUAUGAUCUCUGGGUUGGCCAUGCAUGGAUUUGGUGAGAGAUCGAUCGACUUGUUUGAGGAGAUGAUCGCGCUGGGAAUCAAGCCUAAUGUGGUCACAUUUGUCGCACUUCUAUCUGCGUGCACCCAUUCAGGUUUGGUGAAAGAUGGGUUGAGGUAUUUUGAGCACAUGCAGGCCGAGUAUGGGAUCAAGCCCACAAUCGAGCACUUUGGUUGUGUUGUUGAUCUUCUCGGCCGGGCGGGAUUGAUCACCAAAGCAGUCGAAUUUAUAAGGAAGAUGCCAAUGGAGGCGAAUGCAGCCAUCUGGGGUGCUCUUUUGAGCGCCUGUCGAGUCCAUAAGAAUGUCGAGUUCGGUGAAUUGGCGGCAAGAUGGCUAGUUAGGGACGAGCCUUUGAAUGGGGCUGUUUACAUGGCUUUGUUGAGUUUGUAUAGUGAGGCUGGAAGGUGGGAUGAUGUGGAAAGGAUGAAAAGAGAGAUGAAGGAGGUUGGUUGUAGGAAGAGUCCUGGAUGCAGCAUGAUUGAAGUUGAUGGGGAUUGUCAUGAGUUUGUGGUGGGUGAUAAGUCACACCCACAUGCAUUGGAAGUAUGUUUACACUUGGGUGGAUUAAUAGAGGAAGUGAAGCAAAAUAAAUUGAUUUUUGCAUGA